AUGAACCUUGUGUCUGCAUCAGAAAGGAUGUUACUGCCCAUAUUUACUGGGGGCGAUGACAGGAAUAACGCCGUCUCUCAUAUCGAUACGAAAGAUCCAUAUCGCGAUGCGAUCUUCACCGAGGCUGCUCAGCUGCUAGAUUCACUCAAAUCAUCUCCUUCCUGUCAUCGCGUCGCAGCGACAAAACUGAUAACCUCGUGCCAAACAUUGGAUGGGAAGGAAGCUCAUAACCGUGGAGAGUAUGAAGCGCUGGAUCGCACACGCUCAGUUUAUGCUGCAAGACUGGCAAUCUGUGAGCUCGAUGGAGCAGGGGCUUCGAUUCCACCUGCCUGUCUUCCUCUUACAGCCUCGCCACCCCAGCCAAGAUCCCGUUUCCUUUUCAGUAUGAAGUCAAGACCGCAUGAUCCCGACUUCGACGACUAUCCAAAAGAGAUCCUAGAGCCUUGUCUCAAGACCUUGGAGUCACGACCUCAGUGGUGGACUUCAUAUAGCAACAACAGGCAAAACGCAAUGGUCAUCUGCGAGGCAACACGAAUGGAAACACAGAAAGACGAACUGCUCAACCUCCAUCGAUCCAUUGUUGACAGCAGCGCUAAAUUAAGCAAUGGGCUUAUCGCCGCGCUGCAAAAUACAGCCAUGGAUUCAGCCCGAAACCAAGAGUUUUUGGAAUCGGUUCAGGCGCUACAAAGGAGGUUACUUGUGGAAAUGGAAGAAAGUGACCUCACUUUACAUGAUACCUUUGUCAGGCUAUUAAACGAGGUCGAAGCUGGUAUUGAUACAAUGAUGGCCUUAUUCACAUCAUCCUUGAGUAAUCUCCAGAAUGAGACGGCUAACCUUGGAAAGAACAUUGCGACCAUUUCGGGCCAAGUCAAUACCCUUCAGCAGAGUCUCACGGAAUCACAUGAGGCUGAGAUAUUGAGGAGUAAAGAGGUGCUCCGAGUUCAUGAAGAAAACUCUCUUGUAUCUCAGCAACUCGCAUUAGAUAUGCACCUUGCAGUGGAGUCCAAUAUGAAUACAGACUUGACGCUCAUCUCCCAAAGGAUGGCCAACCUCGACUCGUCAUUAGAAUGGUUGACGAGUCGGCUGAAUCACGUUCUCAAACAAGAAAAUGAGUUAGCAUAUAAACUUGAAACUAUGGAGAAGUCGGUCGAAAUAUCCACAAACAAAGCCAAUGAGCUGCAGGCGGCUCAACACGAGCAGGUUAAAGCACUUAAUGCGCAAGUUCAAGUACACGAAGAGAUACAAUUCGCUGCUCAGCUUUCUAAAGCCUUGAUGGAAAAAGCUGCAGCAACUGCUGCCAAUCUACAAGCGACAAUUGAAGAUGCAGCAGUCAAAGCGAAGAGUAUCCUGAAUCUCCAACUAGGAGGCUUUUUAACCUGGGCGACAGGUACCGGUGCUCUUCUUCUUAUCGGUACAAUGAAUGCCACAGCCGCGAUAGGUAUUUUCUUCAUGGUAUUGGGAGGCAAACUCGCAUUUUCUUACCUUCGGUAUUUCUAA